AGCAAUUGGAGGCAGGACUGCUGGUGUGUCAACUGUAGGUGCAGUUCAUUCAAUGUGUUCUGGUACCUAGAGCCGGUUUCUGUACUUCGGAAUAAUGCCUUUAGAAAAUCUGGAAGAGGAGGGAUUACCAAAAAAUCCUGACCUGCGGAUCGCACAACUCAAGUUCUUGUUAACCGUGGAUAAACAUCGGCAGGAUGUAAAAGUGAAGACAGAGUUAAUGGAAGCUGUUAAAGAAAACAAUAUGGCACCUUAUUAUGAAGCACUCUGUAAAGAACUGAACUGGCAGGUAGAUAAUGACCUGUUGAACAAAAUGAAGAAAGCAAAUGAGGAUGAACUAAAACGUUUGGAUGAUGUCCUAGAGGAUGCCGAAAAGAACCUGGGAGAAAGUGAAAUUCGAGAUGCUAUGAUGGCAAAAGCAGAGUAUUUGUGCAGAAUUGGAGAUAAGGAAGGAGCUUUAACUGCUUUUCGAAAGACAUUUGACAAAACAGUGGCUCUUGGGCAUCGUCUCGACAUUGUGUUUUAUCUGUUACGAAUUGGACUGUUCUAUAUGGAUAAUGACCUUAUCACCAGGAACACGGAGAAAGCUAAAAGCUUAAUAGAAGAAGGGGGAGACUGGGACAGAAGAAAUCGUUUGAAAGUUUAUCAAGGUCUCUAUUGUGUGGCAAUUAGAGACUUUAAACAAGCAGCCGAACUGUUUCUUGAUACCGUUUCAACAUUUACUUCUUAUGAGUUAAUGGACUAUAAAACCUUUGUAACAUAUACAGUUUACGUCAGCAUGAUUGCCCUCAAAAGACCGGACCUUCGAGAGAAGGUUAUUAAAGGAGCAGAGAUUUUGGAAGUAUUACACAGCUUACCUGCAGUACGACAGUAUUUAUUUUCACUCUAUGAGUGCCGCUACUCAGUGUUCUUCCAAUCACUAGCAACUGUUGAACAAGAAAUGAAAAAAGACUGGCUGUUUGCUCCUCAUUAUCGUUAUUAUGUUCGUGAGAUGAGAAUCCAUGCAUACAGCCAGCUGCUGGAAUCGUAUCGCUCCUUGACCCUUGGAUACAUGGCUGAUGCAUUUGGAGUUGGAGUAGAGUUUAUAGAUCAGGAACUGUCCAGAUUUAUUGCAGCUGGUAGACUACACUGCAAAAUUGAUAAAGUAAAUGAAAUUGUAGAAACCAACAGACCUGACAGUAAGAAUUGGCAGUACCAAGAAACUAUAAAGAAAGGUGAUCUCCUUCUAAACAGAGUCCAAAAGCUCUCAAGAGUUAUUAAUAUGUAAUUUUUUCGUAUUUUUUUUUUUUUUUUUUGGAACAGACCAUUUUCAGAUUGAAUUGCUAAAGAUUUGUCCAUUAUUUUAGAGCGGAUAUACUGAUGACUGGCAUCAAUAGUAUGUACAGUUGAAAUUAAAUGGGUAUUGUUUACAGUAUACACACUUGUAUAUAAUAAAUAUAUUUCAUUCUUCGUA